AUGGUAGUAAGCUCUAGUGCGUACCUGAAGCCUAAGUCGAGACAACGAGCGCUGACGAGCUUUGCACUGGCCCCACCUCUCCUCAGAAACUGCGAGUGUUGAUCAAGGUCCGUUGCGCGACCUCUUGCUCCUGCUUGCCUUGUGUUGCUGUGUAGCGACGUACGGUUGAUUGGACACUUAGGCUCCGGUUCUUAUCACCUACAGGCCACGCUAGAGAACUGUACAGAUCUCCAAGUCAGUCCUCUGCUCGAGUCAUCACCUCGAUUGCCAUUCCUUUCGGGGAUCUGACCUCUUUCCCUCCUUCUGUGCGAUAACUAGGCCCAUGGAGAUGAUUUCAACUGGAUGGUCCGUCACCUGAGCCGCUCGAAGAUGUCCCAUAUCCAACUUCGACCUCACACCAUGUGUCUUUCUCACAUGACAGUUCAGGGUUCAAUGCGGUUCUUGCCGAGAGGAGCACCCGAAUUGGAUCGGCAUCGAUGCAACUGUCAGUCCAGGCCCCUCAGGAGCACUGUCACCCCAAACGGUCUGUCUGACCAUCUGAAUCUCGCCGCGUUAAUCAGGAGUCACACGAGAUCUCCGGGUCGAGGGGCGAGGCCAACUUUGUGUGGCGAUGCACCAUGUGCAAGCGAGAGCACACCAUCAGCAAGUUCCCAUUCCUAUCCCCACAUCUUUGUUAUCGUCUGAAACGCGUCACUGAUCGAUUUCCUACGCCUAUCGCCCAUUCCAUCCACCAAACUCCUUAUUUUACACUCGCAGACUUCGACCCAUCUUUCAACCGCUCCAAAGCCUUCUACACCUUCGACCAAUCCGAAUCACAAAAAUUCGCCACGAUCGCGAUCCUCGAAUGCCGCGGGUGCGAGAUCAUCAAAUUCGACCCCAAGGGGAUAUGGCAUUGCAAGGGUGUGGAUUCGGGGACAGUCUUUGAUGAGGUUGAUUUGGAGUUGUCCAACCCGGACGGCUGGACUGAUUACGAUGAGAAGGCCAGUGAGCCCGUGGGCGUGUCGGAGUUUGAGAGCAAGAUUGAGCGAGCAUAG